UUCUCAUACGAAUAUUUACUAAUGACGUUGACUUUCUUCAUGGCAAGAAGAACGAGAACCAUAUUGGCAACAUUUGCGCUAUAUGCAACUCUACUCUUGCUCUCUCCUACGAUCGGCAAUGCCCAAGAGAAAACUCCCCUUUUCGUGUUCGGCGAUUCGCUGUUCGACACUGGUAUGACGUUGUACAACGAGGUCGAGGGAGCUGGAGCUGAGUUUUGGCCUUAUGGUGAGACUUACUUCAGGAAGCCUUCUGGGAGGUACUCUGAUGGUCGCAACAUCCCAGAUUUCAUAGCUCUAUUGGCGGGUUUGCCAUUUUUGCGCCCGUAUUUGUUACCGGGGCUAAACGAUUUUACUCUGGGAAUUAAUUUUGCUUCUGCAAGUGCUUGUGUGCUCGUUGAAACUCGUCCUGGCACGAUAAAUUUGGCAACGCAAAUAUACUAUUUCGAACACAUGGUAGAAAGAUUGAAACAGCAAGUUGGAGAAUCAGAAGCCAAUAAGCUGUUAUCCAAAGCAGUCUACUUGUUUAACAUCGGAGGAAAUGACUAUUUUAGCCUUUUUGAGGGGAAUGUCGACGAACUUCCUCUUUCCACUUAUAAGAAGAGAGCCUACAUGGAUCUGAUACUUGGUAACCUCACCACCCACUUAUACUCUAUCUAUAACCAAGGAGGAAGGAAGUUUGCAUUUCUAAACAUUGGGCCUUUUGGGUGCCUGCCAUCCAUGAAAUUCAUGCUAGGAAUCCAAGAAAGUUGUGCAGAGGAGCCACAAGAGCUAAUUAGGAUGCAUAACGCUGCAUUUGUUGCCCUAGCUAACAGAUUGCAGACCCAAUUAAAAGGGUUCAAGUACACAAUAUAUGACUUCUACACCUCGUUACAUCUCCGUGUCUUGUAUGGUCACACAUAUGGUUUCAAGGAAAGUGAAACAGCAUGUUGUGGAAGUGGACCCUAUAAUGGUGGAUUUACUUGCCAGAAAUACGAUUACACCUUCUCAGUUUGUAGCACUCCAAGCGAUCAUCUGUGGUUUGAUGCCGGACAUCCUACCGAAAAAGCUAACUAUCAAUUCGCUAAAGAAUUAUGGACGGGAGGUCCCAACAUUGUAGCUCCUUAUAACUUGCAGGAUUUUAUGGCCUUGCCAGGAUAGAAUAAUUGAUAGAUUAAGCUCAGGAUAUUUUUGUAGAUUGAGCAUAAUGUAAUGGCUACAAGAGCUUAUAUUAUGUGUUAAUUGUUGUAUAGUUAUACAUGACGAUGAAUUCAUGCAACCCGGAAUUAUCCGGCGAAUUUAGCAAUGGCUGAACAUAAGUUCCAUCUAAUUUAAUUUGAGACUUCUCUAUAUGUAGUACUUUCGCUGGUGGUGCUCUGGUUGUAAAAUGUUGUACUUUUAAAGGAAUUGCACAAAUUGUGGUUU